UUGUCUUUUUAUGUAUAUACAAAGGCGGAUGUAGCUUUUUGGCUUCGGGUCCAUCUAAACCCAUAAAUUUCAGGGUAUAGAUAGAUAUGUAAAAAUCUACUACAAUCUUUAACAAAUAUUACACUGAGCCCAUAAUUUUAAUAUUACAAUGAAUUUAAUGCUGAAAAUCUUAAUAGCUGAACCCAUUAAAUUAAAAAUCUAAAUCCUCCUCUUGCAUAUAUAACAGAUGAUGACUCCCUUAGUAAAAUUUUGUCCCCGCUUCUCUCAUGAGAUCGUAUGUGUAAUAUGAACAAGGAUUGGAGGUCAUAUAGUAUAGUGAGAAUAACUGCGGUGGCAAGAAAAGCAGGAGAACCGCUGGUGAUAGAGGAAGUGAUUGUGGCUCCUCCUAAAGCGCAUGAAGUUCGACUCAAAAUCAUUUGUACUUCUCUUUGUUACAGUGACAUUACCUUCUGGAGAAUGAAAGAAUUUCCAGGAUGCUUUCCAAGAAUUAUGGGCCAUGAAGCUUUUGGGGUUGUGGAAAGUGUUGGAGAAGAAGUUGAGGAGUUAAAAGAAGGAGAUUCAGUUGUACCAAUAUUUUUGACGGACUGUAUGGACUGUGUAGAUUGUAAAUCCAAGAAAAGCAACCUUUGUUCCAAAUUCCCAUUUGAGGUAUCUCCGUUGCUGCAUAGAGAUGAGACAAGCAGAUUCACUAGUGUUGACGGAGAAACUUUACACCAUUUCCUGUAUAUAUCAAGUUUUUCGGAGUACACAGUCGUUGAUGUUGCUAAUGUAACGAAGAUUGAUCCUGAAAUCCCACCUAACAGGGCAUGUCUCUUUAGUUGUGGAGUAUCAACAGGACUGGGUGCUGCUUGGAAAACAGCAAAUGUGGAACCAGGUUCAACAGUAGUGAUCUUCGGUUUGGGAUCAAUUGGACUAGCAGUUGCAGAGGGAGCAAGGCUAUGUGGUGCUACCAGAAUAAUCGGUGUUGAUAUAAACUCUGACAAGUUUGAAAUAGGGAAGCAGUUUGGCGUUACGGAGUUUGUCAAUUCUAAAAGCUGUGGGGAUAAACCUGUUAGUAAGGUGAUAAUUGAGAUGACUAAUGGAGGUGCUGACUAUUGCUUUGAAUGUGUUGGUCUGAAUACACUUGUGCAGGAAGCAUUUGCAUGCUGCAGAAAGGGUUGGGGAAAAACAGUUGUACUAGGAGCUGAUAAGCCAGAGGCACAACUCAACUUUAACUCUCUUGAGGUUCUUCAGAGUCGGAAAACUCUCACGGGAGCACUCUUUGGUGGUCUCAAACCCAAAUCCGAUGUUCCUAUCCUCGUUAAACGUUACCUUGACAAGGAAUUGCAAUUGGACAAGUUUGUGACGCAUGAACUCAGUUUUGAAGACAUCAACAAGGCUUUCGAUUUACUCAUUCAAGGAAAGAGCCUACGCUGUGUUAUUUCGAUGGACAAGUGAUUUGUAUCUCAUUUCUGACUUUCUGUCUGUGCCUUGUUUUUCAGUUAUUGUAUCUCAACUCUCAAAAACCAUGUUACUUGCAUUCUUGUUCA